AUAGAACAAAAGGAUGCUAUCACUCCAAGGUGUGAAUUGCUCAGCUUGAAUUACAGGUCAAAUUUCGAUCAAAGAAUUGUAAUUGCGUGUUUCAUUUACGGGUCACGCUUUCAUUCGGCCUACUGAAAUGAUAAUAAUCGCUACAGAAUAUCGAAACUAUGCCCCGAUCUUCCCAAUCUCCAUUCUCCCGAAUUCCAAGUAUCAUCUUGUUUGUUAUCGGUGUGUAUUGAUAACGUUAUUCCAUCACUGUUGCGUAACAUUGCUUAGCAUAUGUUAUUACACGCGACUAAUUUCAUGAAACCGAUACACUAUACGACGUUGAUACAUUUUCUAUUGCUAAAUAUAAAGUUUGAAUAGCCAACUUUUUAAUAAACGAGUGACGCAUGUUGUGGCGAAAACAGCGUUACUUUUUUCCUUUAAAAAAAACAUACAUAUUUUAUUGAUGUUGUCCGAGCACUCUCCACAAUACCAGUAAAAGCAGCUUUAUAGAUAAAGCAUGUGUGUGUAACAGCCAUAGAAAACUAGAUUGUCUAUUUAAAUAUGUGUUGUUGCAAAAUAUAGAGAAGAUGAAAUAUUUGAGGCACAGCCCUUUAUAACUUGUAAAAAUAAAUAUUACUAGACAAUUUUAGUGGAGAGGUUUGUUUGUAUGUAAACAAUAAAAAAAUUGUUGAAAAUUGAAAACAAAUUGUUUAAAAUCAGACGAUGGUCAUCUAAAAUCGUGGGAUCAGACAAGAAGGGAAAUGGGGUGUGGCGAUUUGACGAGAUUAAGCAGACACAGCUAGUCGGCUGAAAAGAAAUCGUAACUUUACGUUUCCGAAUCAUCUUCUCACAAUCCUUACGGCUGUGUAGGGGGUCUUUUGUCCAGGUGCGAUGCCGAGUAAUCGUAUCCAGUCGCGGUGAGAGCAGCUCCCUUUAGUUGAUUCUGUGGCGAAAUGUUUAAACGAUGUUGGGCGGUACCGGUGUUGCUGGUGUUUUGGUGUGUUUGAAUAAACAAUGACUGUUUCCAUAAGUCGUGAUGAAGAUAUAGUCCGAACAGGUGGCGAAAGCAGCAAAUAUUUUUAGGCGCGGCAGAACUGAAAAAAGUUCUUAAUGGUGUAGCAGGAAAAUAUUCAGCUUACUACAAACUUAACUUUACUUAUUCAAACAUUAACAAGGGCAGAUUAGAAUAGGAAAAAUGUCCUUGAAAUAUUUACUGCUAAAAAAACUUGUAUUUCUGUUGGUUCAUAUUGUUUUUUCUAAACCGCUAACGAACUAUCAAAACGAUGGUGAUCUUCUUCAUUCUAUCAGUGACAUCCAAGCAACGCAAAACAUUCCAACUUACGACGACGCAAGAUCUUCGGUGCAAAUGUCGAAAAUCGAGCUGAAACCUGCAGAACAGAAAAGUUUAUCGAAUGAUGAUCGGAAUCACUAUUUGACUGCGACGCCACAAAAACCCAGAGAAAGAGAGUCACCGUUACACUUAAUGGAAAGAUGGAAACGCUCUUUAGAAGACAUCGACGUCCUCGUCUUAGAUUCUCUAAACAGUCGGACAGGUUUAAAAAUGACAACCGAGGAUUAUGAGGAACUGUCACCUCAGUUUCGGAAUUUUCUUCGGUCGGAAAUAAAUGUGGUUUCCCACCAAAGGUCCGGAAGAGGCGUACAAGCGAGGACAAGCCUGAGCAUCAGUGUAAAUGUUCCUCACUUCUUUUACCGAGAGGGUUCAGGUCCAGCAGGAAUAAUUAACAACCCUGUGCAGAUUAACGCACCCACCGGCAUCGAGUUUGUGUUGAUCGAGUCAUUAAAUAUUUUGGACACCGAUAGAGAAAUACUUGCCCUCAGCAGCUUUACGCAAACUGUAACUGUAGACACUGGAACGCGCAACGUCACCUUUAGUUACGUCAUCGCACCAUCCUUUACGUUCGAUGAGUCCGCGGGAGUCCUGAAUUUAACAGGCUUAUUGAGCGUCAGCGAAUACGAACGUGCAAUCGAAACUUUGACAUACGACAACACUGCAGAAGAACCUACUGCUCAGUUCAGGGGUUUAAAUGUUGAAGUUCACGACGCGACAUCGUCUGCCAACGUCCCAAUAUAUUUCACUGUACAAAACGUUAACGAUUCCCCAUUUUUCGGUUCGAAGCCACCGGUACUUACUAUAGAAGAAGACAGCUCUCUGUACGCGCCAAUCAGCUCGACAGCCAUUAACAUCUUGGGAAACUCAAUUACCGAUAACGACUUCAAUUCAGAGCUUGCUAUUGGUAUAUUGGGCGCAGAUAAUACAAAUGGUUUGUGGAGCUACCCUGGCCCGACUCACACACUUGUUACAGUAGAGGACGGAGUGCGUGAUGAUUCAGGGAACAUUCUACGCAACACAUCUCUUAGCAAAACUUGUGUGGUGCUGAAUGAACAGUAUCUUAGUUAUACACCAAAUUCCAAUUAUGUUGGGAAUACGACCAUUACGGUUGUUGCAUGGGACAAAACAGGAACCACUUCAUCUUUUUUGAACGGGGACUUUGUUAACGUGACUUGGACUGCACCUGGUGACGCGUUCAGUUCAGACAUGGCCACUGUUACUGUGAUGAUAACUCCAGUGAAUGACGCACCUCACGUGGCACUGACGUCAUCUCAGCUAAUGUUUCAGCUUACAACUGUGGCGGAAGAUUCGGAUGGAGGCAGCGGAAUACGGGUUAGCAAACUCACCGAGGCGUGUGAUGAUGUCGACAUGGCUUACGACGCUACUAUUUUGAACUUGGGAAUCGCUGUUACUUCAUUUGACAACAGUGGUACAUGGCAACGCACUUCUGAUAAUGGUACAACGUGGACAGAUAUAUCUAGCGUUUCUGUGCUACUUGGUUCAAAUGGAGACGCGGAGAGUGAUGGUAUUCGGUUAAUCCCGAAUGCAAACUUUAACGGUGAAGCUUCAUUUACUUACAGAUGCUGGGAUUUCACAAGUGGAACUAACGGAAACGAAGGGGUCGAUGCUUCAUAUAUUGGACCUACAGGUGCAUUCAGUCAACAGCAAGUAACUGGGAUAGUGGAAGUAAGCAACACGAACGACUCGCCAUAUUUCGAAUCUGGCAUUUCAUCUUUGGAGCUCCCUGUUUACUCUGCAUCCGCAUUAAAUAAUCUGGGUAUCACAGUAAAGGAUCUCGUGAAAGACGUAUACAGAGAUAUCGAUCCCACGACAAAUCUUGGCGUUGCCGUAAUAAACACAGAUAGCAGCUUGGGUGAAUUCGAAUACACGUGCAGUGUUACAUCACCGAAUGAGUGGUUUUCAUUUUAUAGUUCGUAUGGGGCGGGUCAAACAAGUCCUGAACCUGUGUCGACAUCUCUUGCGACAGUAUUGUCUUCUACUUGCAGAAUACGCGAAUACGAACGUGCAAUCGAAACUUUGACAUAUGACAACACUGCAGAAGAACCUACUGCUCAGUUCAGGGGUUUAAAUGUUGAAGUUCACGACGCGACAUCGUCUGCCAACGUCCCAAUAUAUUUCACUGUACAAAACGUUAACGAUUCCCCAUUUUUCGGUUCGAAGCCACCGGUACUUACUAUAGAAGAAGACAGCUCUCUGUACGCGCCAAUCAGCUCGACAGCCAUUAACAUCUUGGGAAACUCAAUUACCGAUAACGACUUCAAUUCAGAGCUUGCUAUUGGUAUAUUGGGCGCAGAUAAUACAAAUGGUUUGUGGAGCUACCCUGGCCCGACUCACACACUUGUUACAGUAGAGGACGGAGUGCGUGAUGAUUCAGGGAACAUUCUACGCAACACAUCUCUUAGCAAAACUUGUGUGGUGCUGAAUGAACAGUAUCUUAGUUAUACACCAAAUUCCAAUUAUGUUGGGAAUACGACCAUUACGGUUGUUGCAUGGGACAAAACAGUUUAA